CGGGUGAGCGGGUGUUUCCGCUGGGAGGUGGCGGAGGAGCAGCAGCUGAGGCCUUCUCUGGUGGUCUCUCGGCGCGUCGGCCUCCAGUCAUGGGUGACUCCGCGGAACCCCGCCCCUGCCUGCGGCGCUACCCCGAGCUGCCGGUGUGGGUGGUGGAGGAUCAUCAGGAGGUUCUGCCUUUCAUAUAUCGAGCCAUAGGAUCAAAGCACCUUCCUGCCAGUAACAUAACUUUUUUACACCUCGACUCCCAUCCAGACCUCCUUAUUCCUGUGAAUAUGCCAGCAGACACCGUAUUUGAUAAGGAAACAUUGUUUGGAGAAUUAAGUAUUGAAAAUUGGAUUAUGCCUGCAGUUUAUGCUGGCCACUUUUCCCACGUAAUAUGGCUUCAUCCCCCAUGGGCACAGCAAAUCAGAGAGGGAAAACAUCAUUUUUUAGUAGGCAAAGAUAUUUCUACCACAACAAUCAGAGUCACAAGUACAGAUCAUUACUUCCUAAGUGAUGGUCUCUUUGUACCUGAAGACCAGCUAGAGAACCAGAAACCUUUACAGUUGGAUAUAAUUAUGGUAAAGCCUCAUGAAUGCAGUGCCAACCAAGAAGAAAAUGCUGCAGUUUCUUCUGCAAAGAAGCCCAAGCUAGCAUGCGAAGAGUCAGAAAACCUCACCUCCACCCACUGUGACUCUUAUUCAGGAGGGCUGAAAAAGGACACAGGAACGCAGAGCAUGGGCCAAGCUUGCCGAGAGCCAUUGUGUCCAUGCUCUUGUUCUUCUGAAGGUCAACAGUGCCAGGCUACAGCCUGUACUCAGGAGAUUCUGGAAAUACUGAAGAAAGACAAUGUGUUUGUUUUAGAUAUUGACUUAGAUUUUUUUUCUGUCAAGAACCCCUUCAAAGAAAUGCUCACUCAGGAAGAAUACAAAAUCUUACAAGAGCUCUACCAAUUUAAAAAGCCUGCUAGCAACCUAACUGAGGAAGAUUUGGUAGACACUGUUGAUACUCGAAUUCAUCAGUUAGAAGACUUGGAGGCAGCUUUCUCUGAUUUGUGUGAUGGUGAUGAUGAAGAAACUGUACAGAGAUGGGCUUCAAACCCUGGAAUGGAAUCAUUAGUUCUACUUGUACAGAGUUUGAAAAAACGUAUGGAGGUGCCAGACUAUGAAAUGGUUCACCAAGCUGGUCUAACCUGUGAUUAUUCAGAACUUCCUCACCAUAUCAGCACAGAACAAGAAAUUGAGUAUCUUGUUCAGUCUGUAUAUUAUUUACUGAAAAAAUUACCAAAACCUACUCUUGUGACAAUUGCAAGGUCAAGUCUGGAUGAUUACUGUCCUUCUGAACAAGUUGACACAAUUCAAGAAAAGGUCCUUAAAGCCCUGCACUCCCUCUAUGGAACCCUGGACACUCACCUGGUGUAUUCAGAAGAGUCUGCCCCAGCUUGAACAAAACACUAGGCUAUUACAUCUUGCUGUAGUAACCAGGUUUACAUUAACUUAUUCAUAAAGAGUCUUCCAGAGAACAUUUUUAUGCUAACUUUCAAGUGAAAUCUUUAAGAUAUUUUGAAUCUCCAAAUAACCAUCAGGUGUUGAAUGAUGGCAAUUUUGUUUUGCUUUGCAUCGAGUCUACUAACUCCAGUUGACAGAAUUGUCACUUAACUCUCUUCCUUCUAUCAUUGUCUUUAUUUUUGAGGGUUUUUCACUCCUUGUCUCUGUAGGUCAGUUGGACUAUAUGAGAUUCGUUCAUGUGCUUAUUCAUUCAUCCAACUCCUACGUAUUAAGGACUUAUGUCCCAGACAUUAUUACAUGUGCUGGAUGUAUGGAGAUAGAAUGGACAAAGCCCAGCUCUCCUCGGGGAGACCCGUGAGAAACAAAUUCUGGGUUUUAAGUGUUACAAAGGAAAGGAUAACCACAAACAUAUCUUAGGCAUACUUAGUACUCAGGGUACCUGGCCUUAUAAGAAGGUAACAUUCUCAAAAGUUACUACCAAAAGAAAAUCCUUACCAGUCCAUAAAAAUAUUGUAAGAGAUCUACCUUUUUUGAGACAAGGUCUCACUGUGUGGAUCAAUCCAGACUUGAACUCACUAUGCAUCCCAGGCCAUCCUUGAGCUUGGGGUAAUCCUCCUGCCUGCCUAAGCCUCCUUGGAGUGCUGAAGUUACAGGCUUGCACCACCAUGCCCAGCUUCUAGCAAUGCUUUUAUUAAAGAGACCCAGUUAGGUAAACGUGACUGUCUUAGUUACUUUUCUCAUUGCUGAGACAGAAUACCCAACACCCACACAUUAAAGGAGAAACGGUUUAUUUCAGCUCACAUUUUCCAAAGGUGUUAGUUCAAAGUUGGCUGGCUUCAAGGCAGGGUGGCAGGACAAAGGGGUGUUGCAGAGGAGAAACAAUCCAUGGCAGAGCAAAG